UAACCUUCAUUUAUUUAUUUUUUUCGUCCAAAAUAAUCAAAAGAUAAAACUGCACAAUUUACAAAGCCUUUCCCCGUUCGGUCAACUGGAUCCAUCCGAUAUCUAAUUUCCGAUCGAUGGAGGACGGUACAAUCAACGGAGCACGGCGUACAACAAUUCAAAGCCAAGUCAGCGACCGUGUGAAGCUCAACGUCGGAGGCAAGCUGUUUGAAACAACAGUAUCCACACUUCGCUCCGGUGGACCCGAUUCUCUCUUAUCCGCCUUAUCAAACCGGAAUUCCGACGAACCGGUUUUCAUCGACCGGGACCCAGAAAUCUUCUCGGCUCUCUUAGCUCUUCUCCGGUCUAAUCGUCUCCCUUCGACCGCAAAACGAUUCUCCAAUCAAGAGCUCAUCGACGAAGCUGUUUACUACGGAAUUGAAUCACAGCUCAGAUCCGCACUCGCUCCGAGUCAACUCAGCGGAAUUGACGCGUCACUCUUUUCGACCAUCCGCCCCUCGUCUGACGGCGUUGUAACGGACUUUAACGCCGUUGAUUCUGACGGCUCCGUUUGGGUAGCUCAUGGGGGGCAGGUUUCGGUUUACGAUUGGAGUUUGACCCAUACCGAAACUAUUCGGACCCAUCUUGAUUACAUCAGCUCGAUUCGGAAGGUUGGACCCGAUUUGGCGGUUGUUGGGUCUGAAUUCGAGUCGGGGCUCCAUUUUUAUAACUUGGCUAAUGGGCGUAGAGUUGGGUCUGUAGAAUGGACCGACCCGUCUGACCCGAGAAUCUACAAGGCAAAAGUCAACGCCGUUGUUGACUCGCCGGACUCUGUCUUUGCGGCCUUCGAGUGUCAGCAUAGAGAGAAUUGUGUUUUGAGUAUCGACAAGUGUACGAUGAAACCGGUUUCAGAGUUGGGAAGGCAAUCUGGAAAUUCGGCGAAGUCAACGGUCGUCGGAAAGUUGACUUUUUUGCCGGAGAUUAAUGCAUUAGUUGGCGUUUCAGUAACCGCCGGAGCUUUUGGGUAUUCGGGUUACGUGCGGUUGUGGGAUCCCAGGUCAGGGGACGUUGUGUGGGAGACGAAUGAACCCGGGUCGGGUCGGAGCAGCCGGUUUGGUGACUCAUUUGCUGACAUUGACUUUGACCAGGACGAAUUGACCAUGUUCAAGAUAUGUUCAAAGUCUGGUGAUUUGGCAGUGGCAGAUCUUCGUAAAUUGAAUGAAGAUCCAUGGGUAUAUUUGGAAGAGAAAAAUCCAUGUAUGAGGCAUGUUGCAAGUGGUGGAAGCAAUAUUUUACUUCACUGUUAUAGAAAGCAGGUGUUUGUCGGAAGAGGGGGAGAAUUGGAGGUUUGGUCAAGAAUGGUGGAGAAAGAAAGUGAUGUUGAGAGGGAAAGGGUGUUGCAUGGAGGGUUGUAUAGGAGGAAUUAUAUGGAUAAAGUGGAGGAUGCUGAAAGAGGGAUCAUAAAGAAGAUUGAGGGAGCUGGUGAUAGGCUGUUUGUUACUAGAGAAGAUGUUGAGGGUAUCGAGGUGUGGCAAAGUUCUCAGUUUUCUGGUGCUGUUUUAAAUUUGUGAUCGUCUAGAGCUGUGAGCUUUGCAUCCUGUGUGAGCUCACAUUGCUGGUUUCAUGUCCGAAUAGAGGAGAGGCUUGCAAUAGCUUGACGCUUAUAGUAAAGCUAGAAGCCAACUUGAGCCAGUUUGAGAUUGAGCGUAGUAGUUGUUGUUGUUGUAUUGUUUUGAGAUGUCUGAACUGCAAUAUACAGUGAUCAUCAAUGGAUUGCAGUAGGUUGACGGCCAGAGUAAAGUUAGAAGCCAACCCGAACUAGUUUGACUUUGAGCACAGUUGUUGUUGUAUCUUUUUUAGCUGUCCGACUGCAGCUUGCAAUGAUCAUCAACGAAAUGACUUGCGUAUUUGGUGAUUGCUUUUGGAUGUCAUGUUGAUCAAUAAAGAAACAAUGUGCAAAGGUCAGUAUGAUUAUGAUAAUGAACUGAGAUUGGAUUCUUGGUGACCCCUUUAGGACACGAUGUUGAUCAUCAAGAACAAUGUAUAGUUUAUCGAGAAAGAAUGAUAUCCAAGGGUUUUAAAAUAGUUGUAUCACAGUUUUGGUGGCUAUCUCUCGCUGCAAUUGAUGAAGGUCCUUUAAAGUUGCUUCAGUAUGGUGGGUCUUACUCUCUAGAGUCCGAAUCUCUUUUUCAAGCUCCUCCAUCUGACUUUUCAGUGACUCGGUUUUCUCUUUAUCUUGGGCAAUGCAGCUAGAUUAAAAGACAAGAUCAAAUUACUAUCGUUUUAAAAUGUAGCAUUCGUUUAACUAGUGCAGUCUUCAACUAAAGUCAAAAACCGUAUUGAUAUCAGAAUUACAGGUUCACAUUGCUCUGUGGUUAGAGAAUAACUAUGAUCAAAACAACAUGGUAUUAAUAUCUGGAAAAUAUAAGUGUGUAUGUACAUUUAGAAGCAACAACAAAUCUCAAAACCAAGAUUAAGCAUUAAAGAAAACUUGAGUCAAAAGCUUUUACGCUGGCUCUCUACAAUCCUUCUUGUUUCUAGUUGCAUAGCUCAAAAGUUUUCACAUACAGGAACAACGGUUAAUAAGGAGAAGAAUCUAUCUGUUCACAGCAGAGUAAGAGGGGGAGCAGGGAGCUGAAAGACAGAAGCAAAGUUUUGACAUAUAUAACAAGCAGAAGUAUUUCUGUUCAUUGGAAAUCUUUUUAUGGAGUGGACGGCAGUAUCAAUAUAUGAAGAUGGUGGUGCAGGUGCUUAUUAACAAAAGAUCUGCCAAAUGGCAUUUCCAGAAGUGGGGACUGAUCUCGAUAACUUAUCAAACAUGCUCACAAUGAAUUCCUCUUGGUUUCUAGAAUAGGAAAUUUCUCUUGAAAUUAUGACAAAAUGGGGUGAAUUUAUAUUCGUUUUGCUAAAUUAUUAAGUGAUAGCUUGUAGAAGUUUGGACAAGUGCCUGAGUGAAUAAAAAGGAGAAGAGAGGGAAAAAACACAUAUAUAUUUCAAUAGAGGUCUGUAAGCAGCUCUGAAGAUUUUCCAGUUUCAACUUAUAUGUCUUUAUUUCU